AUGGAAAAAGACAACUCCCAGCAGUUAGAAGCAGAGAAUAGCAGGCCUUCCAAAAGGAUUACACCGAGAAGGAUCAUCCAUUUUGUGGAUGGAGACAUCAUGGAAGAAUAUAGCACAGAGGAAGAGGAGGAGGAAGAAAAAGAGGAACAAAGAAUGAAUUCAACACUUGACCCUUCUAAACUUUCAUGGGAAUCUUAUCUACAGUUUUGGACAGGGCGAAUAGCAUGCACCUUAUUUUCUAUGUGUGAAUUCCUUGGUGGAAGAUUCGCUACCUUCUUUGGUCUCAAUCAACCCAGAUAUCAGUAUAUAUUAAAUGAGUACUAUCGAACACAAAAUAAGGAAAGUGACGGUGCACUUUGCAACAGUGCAAAGGCCCAGUCAGCUGAGGUUCCUAAUGAAAAGUGUCACCUGCAGGCUGGGGGCCGCGAGUAUGGAACCCAACGACAGGACACUGCAGAGGGCGUCCCUCAGGGGAGCGCCUCACCCAGGGAGGGCCUGGUGGCCAACUCCAGCCCAUGA